AUGCCAAAACCAAUUGUAAGUGGAAUGUUGACUUUAGUCUUUAUCAGAUGUUUCCUUUGCCUAUCAUCAACAGAUGUCUGUUAUCACUCGCCAAAUAUCGCCGAAAAUCAUUUCGGACGAGCAGUACGAGAUGAACCUGCCCGUGUAGUUCAACAAACAGCUACGACACUAUGUCGAUUGUAUCCAAGUGGACUUCGGCAAGAUUCAAGCAACCCUGAUCCUAUACUUCCGUGGAAUUUCGGUCUGCAAAUGGUUGCAUUGAACUUCCAAAAAGAUAAUGAAACAACGGCACUUUGCUAUGGAAAAUUUUCUGACAAUGGUGGUUGUGGUUAUGUACUGAAACCGAAUUAUUUGAUCGAUGCAAAUCGAACUCAAUUCAAUCCACUUGACUAUAGGACAAGUCCAUCUAAUUUCUCAACAAAUCUUUUCGAACAACCACAAACAUUAAUUAUCACUAUUAUUAGUGCUCAAUUUUUGUCACGAUCGAGUGCAACAACUACUGACGUACCCGAUCCGUAUGUUCAAGUAUCAACACAUGGAAUGCCAUGCGAUCAACAAGUACACCAAACACAUGUUGUGAACAAUAAUGGACUAAAUCCGAUUUGGAAAGAAAAAUUUCAAUUUCAAAUAAGUUUCCCACAAAUGUGCCUUGUUUUAUUUACUGUUUAUGAUCAUGAUGUUUUCACUAGUGAUGAUCGAUUAGCUUACUUUUGUUUGCCAAUGAGCACCAUGCAGACAGGCUAUCGUUAUAUACGAUUGCGAUCGAAAAACAAUGAUGUGACCAAUUCAACACUAUUCGUACAUGUUCAAAUUGAAGGCUGUGAAGAAGAUGAUUCUACAAGGCAUGUAUAA